GGGCAAAGCAAUUGUGCCUAGAGGGGCUAAGAAGGGUAAAACUCUUCGGGACAUGUGGGAAAAGUGUUCAUCCCAUUUUUAUAUUUUUUUAUUUAGUUCCCGGCUUUUCUCAGUGACGCUUCUUUUCUUUAAAAACUUUCUAUUUUUUUUCUUUUCUUUAAAAAAACAUUUUCAUUUUUUUCUUUCCAAUUUACACACGUAAAUUGCCUUAGAAUAUAUUUACUAUAUUACUAUUGUCAAAGUUUAUAUUUGUUUUUCAUAAUUGAAGGAAAGAAAAAAAUGUUUUAGAAAAGAGACUUCAACCACUUUAAAACAAAUAAAAAAUAAAAGGAUAUACAUUCUAAGAAACGAUAAAAAUUAAUAAAACACCCAGAAGACCAAAGCUUGGAAAGAUUAUUUAGAGAUUGAACCGAAGAUAUAGAACAAAAAUCAAAGUUAUCGAGAAUCAAGAUGUUUCUAGGUAUCUCGAACGAUUCUUGUUGC